GGCCUAUCCAAUAAUUUUGUGGCCAGGAAUAUACUAUGAAUCCAUUCUUUCCAUUCCACUUUCUCCUCUCACUAAUGCUGUCUUUGGCCAAUUUCCUAAACAGUUAAAAAAAAAUGUCUUCCUUUAUUGCCCUUCAUACCCUGCAUGGCUCUCUUCAUCAAUCCAAGUUCCUAGGCCAAAACAACCUCACUCAUUUUUAUCCUCACAGCAAUAAGACUUCAAACAUUCACACCAAACCAACCUACAUAACAUGUGCCAAAUUUGAUAUCCUGCAAAUCUUGGGAGGCAGAGGACUCUGCAAAGGUGAAGAAGGUCUUCAAAAGGAGCUAAAAAGAGAAGUUGGUUUUGAUGAUCAGAACCAACCACCUUCAGAAACAAGUGACAAAGAACAAAGAGACUCAAAAAGUAACACAACACUGUCCUUUGAAAGUGUUGCAGAAGAAGGGUUUGAGAAAGAGUUGAUGGGGUUAACUGGAGGGUUUCCUGGUGGUGAAAAAGGGUUGAAAAAGUUCAUUGAAGAAAACCCUCUUCCAAAACUUGGUGGAGAAGAUAAAAGGUUGAAACUUUCUUUGUCUGAGAAGCCAAAACCACCAGAACUUCCUCUGUUACUUCCAGGAAUGAUUGCUAUUGUGAAAAACCAAAACAACCCGUAUUUUAUGUACUGUGGUAUUGUUCAAAGGAUCACUGAUGGAAAAGCAGGAGUACUGUUUGAAGGAGGGAAUUGGGAUAGGUUGAUCACUUUCAGGCUUGAGGAGCUUGAGAGAAGAGAAAAAGGACCUCCUAUGAAGAAUCCCAAGUCAUGUGUUCUUGAACCAUUUCUUGAAAAGAAAACUUAGUUCGGCUCUAUGUAGUUACUCGGCACAUGUAGUUACAUUCAUUUCUUAAAUUAUUAUUGGUGUCAAUGUGUCUUGUAUCUGGUUUAUGGCUGAGUCAGUGCUUCAUAGGUUCAACUCCUUGUUGUUAUUUGCAACAAAACUUGUUCACUUUUGUAUCAUACAUAUUUUUUUGACAAUUAAAUCUUAGAUGAGUAAUAGUAUUUUCAUGGCUA